UCGCCCCUGCCGGGCUGCUGAGCCGCGCUCGGAUGGAGGGCCCCGAGGCGCUGUCCCUGCGCCCUGCCGUCGGCUCGGGCUGAAAAAGUUUCUCCAUGCUUCCUUUGUGCCGCCCGAGCUCCCCGGCUCUCCCUGGCAGGAGGAGGUAGCGGAGCAGCCAGUGGGCAGUUGGUGCCCGCCCUGCACAAGCCUCCACCCCAGAGGCUAGACCCACACUCCAAAAGUUCGCCAUGAUCGCCACCGGAGGCCUGCUGAGGAUUUCCGCCAGAAAGCAGGAUCCCCUCCGGCCCCCAAGCCAGGUCCCCAAACGCAAGCGGAAAGCCAGAAAGAGGCGCAAGAACGACGUGGUGGUGGUGAAAGGGAAGCUGAAGCUGUGCUCCAUCUCGGGGCUGGUGGCCUUGUGCGGGAUCCUGGUGCUGCUGGUGGGCAUAGCCAUGGCAGUGGUGGGCUACUGGCCCAAGGCCAACGGGGCCAGUAAGGAGGGGGGUAAGCAGCUGCCGUCCGCGGGCAGUGGCCACCGCGUCCCAAACACUGCCAAUAGCAGCAACGGUGGCGGUAAAAACAGGUCCAAGAGCCACUCGGGGACUCCGGGGAGUGUCAACUCCAGUUCGGUGGGAGCGCCCAGGGGCACGCCCCCAGCGCGUCCCGCCGCCCCCGCCUCGUCCUCCACUUCAGUGGGGUUCUUCUUCAGUGUCUUCUCCGGCUACCUGCACUCCGACAAGCUCAAGGUCUUCGGGCCCCUCAUCAUGGGCAUUGGUAUCUUCCUCUUCAUCUGCGCCAACGCCGUGCUCCACGAGAACAGGGACAAAAAGACCAAGAUCAUCAACCUGCGGGAUCUCUACUCCACCGUCAUCGACGUGCACAGCCUGCGCGCUAAAGACCUGGCGGCCGCCGCGGCCGCGGCUGCUGCUGCUGCAGCCGCUUCCUCGUCGUCCUCGGCCCCCACCUCGGCGCCCCCCGGGGCCGCGCCGCUCAACGGCUUCCUUAGUUACGUGCAGUCUCGGGGCCUGGAGCUGAAGCCCGGGAGCUGCUGCGGCGCCGGAGAUGCCUUCGGAGCUGCGGCGAUGUUGGCCAAGGGCUCGUGGCCCCACCCCUCGGCGCUGAGUGGCGGCGGAGCCAGGAGCGCCGCGUCCCCGCCGGACCUGGCCUCGUCCCCGCGCUGCCCGCGGGAGCCCCCGCGCCUCGCCGAGGCCGUGUACAGCAUCUACCGCGAGCGCUCGGGCGUGGCCAGCCGUUGCCGGGCCGCGGCUGCCAGCGGCGUCAGCAGCCCGGCGCCCUGCAGCCCACCCGAGAGCUGGGGGCGCCAGAGCACCGCCAGCUCCCUCGUGGGCUCCUCGCUGAGCGCCUUCGCGCUGCUACCCUUGCAAGGGGACCGCGACAGGGACGGGGACGCAGAGGGCGCGAGCUGCAGUUGGCAGAGGCCUCCCGGGGCGCGCGGGCCCCGGGAGACCCCGCCGGGCGAGCUGGACCUGAGUUUGACCAGCCUCCGAGGCGCGGAGGGCGGCGCGGGCUGGGCGCGCAGCGAGCUGGAGGAGCCCGAGGGCGCGGUGGCGCUGCGCACCGCCAGGGGGCAGGGCUGCCGCCCGCCUAGGACCGGCAGGUACCCGGCUCUGCGGCGCCGCAGCACCAGCGGCCUCCCAGACUACCGGGCGCCGCGGUCCCCGGAACCCCCGCCCUCCCCGGGCAGCGGGGACCUGGACUUCAGCCUUUUGGCCGAAACUGCCUCCUCCUCGCCUCCCCUGCGACUGCAGGACUCUCCUGCGGCCAGGCGGGACUCGGGGAGUUCGCGGUCGGACGACCCAAGCAGCAGCAAUAAGGGCUACGCUCCUCUGCAGGAGGCCGGCACCUCCCUGGAGUCGGUCGUGGACACCGUAGCCAGUGACAGGCAGGAUUGCGAGGCCGCCACCGGCCUAGGUGCGGAGCAGAGCACCCUGGAGGGUGCCAGCCAAGAGCCACCCUCUGCCGAGCAACCUCAGCCUGUGCAGAGGCAGUUUACAAACAAGGAGAAACUCUUCAUGAUUUCCCGGUCUCAUGCCAUAGGGGUGGAAGGAGAACUGGAAGGCGCUGGCACUUAGCAAGAGGAAGAAGGGAGGGAGGAGGGGAAAUGGGCCAAGCGCCCACUUUAAUCAGUGCAUUAACAGGUCCCUUUUUGUGGACUGAUCCGAGGACAUCAUUCAAUAUCCAAAGAGCUGCAGAAUGUUAACUUGAAUUGAGUUCACAAGAUUCCUGUAGAUAACUCCAAGCAAUUUUUUUUUUAAGCAAACUAGUCUUUUUAUGUCCGAUGGUGACUGUAUGUCCCAUGAAAACCAAAUGUAUUACAAGGUCAGCAAUCUAGUUCAUUAGAUAAAAUUCUCUUACUUUCUUAGGAUCAAAAUAAUAUAUUUUUGACAGUAACUGUGCACUUUA